GGACGGGAGGGGUCGGACCCCAACAGGGGCCGGGGGCUCUGAGGGUCCCCGCUGCGGGUCCAGGCGCCCGGCCGCUCCGGGGGUAGUUGGAGGCGCGGAGAGCGCGACCGCGAGCGCUCCUAACCCCUCCGCUCUCCCUACGCGCCGUCGGGAGGGAGGACGCCCGCUGCCCCCCAGGCAGUGAGUGGGGGUGGAAAGGGGGCCGCUGCACCCCGGGGUCCGGGUGUCGCAUCCUCCCUACCCCGUCGCGGGUGGAGUGCCGGGGGCCCCCUCGGCCAGGCCCUGGGUCUACCUCAUCGGGCUCUUCCCUGCUGGCCCGUCUCAGCCGGAGGAGCAGCGCCUCCCAACCCCCGCGCCCGGCGUUUGCCCCGCAUCUUCACUUAACACACCUGCUGGACGUUGCCAAUGGGGAGCCCGGGCUCCAGGCGCUUAGCGACUUGAUGGGUCUUUCUCAACAAUGAGCAGCUGGAAUGCUCCUUACACCUGCUCCGAACUGAGGGCAUUCACACAAUUUUAAAAACAAUCAUUGUUCUAAGGAUUCCACCUGGCUGCGUUUAAUUAUUUCCACUCUAUUCUUUCAAUGAAAUAUAGGUAAAAUGUAAAAAGGAAAUACUGUAGAGAAGCGAGAGUAUUGAAUGUUCCAGGUUCAUUCAUUAACUGGAUCCUCCGGUUUUCUAGAAGCUGAACAUGGUUAUGCCUCCAUGUUACCAUACAAUAACAAGGACAGAGAUGCCUUCAAACGGAGGAACAAAUCUAAGAAGAAUAACAGCAGUAGCAGAUCAACUCACAAUGAAAUGGAGAAGAAUCGUGGCCCAAGACCUUGUGCUCCGCACAGGUGUUAAAUGAGUUCAUACUGGGAUAUUAAAUCAUCAUGGUCCCCACCUUAGAGAAAUGUAGAUUGUCCGUGAGCAAGACGCAGAGAGUUCCAGUUAAUAUGCUGAGUCUGAAAUCAAGACGGGCCCAACUUCGCUUGUGCCUGGAGAAGUUGAAGGGGCUAGUGCCGCUCGGGCCUGAAUCAAAUCGACACACUACAUUGAGUUUAUUAACAACAGCCAAAUUGCACAUAAAGAAACUUGAAGAUUGUGACAGAAAAGCCAUUCACCAAAUAGACCAGCUUCAGCGAGAGCAGCGGCACCUGAAGAGGCAGCUGGAGAAGCUGGGCAUCGAAAGGAUACGAAUGGACAGCAUCGGCUCCACGGUCUCCUCCGAGCGCUCCGACUCCGACAGGGAAGAAAUCGAUGUGGAUGUUGAAAGCACAGACUAUCUCACGGGCGAGUUGGACUGGAGCAGCAGCAGCGUGAGUGAUUCUGACGAGCGGGGAAGCAUGCAGAGCCUCGGCAGUGACGAGGGCUACUCCAGCGCCAGCAUCAAGAGAAUAAAGCUCCAGGACAAUCGCAAGACGUGCCUCGGGCUAUAAGAGAGGUCGCUGCGGCUGCCCGUGGUCUCCUGUCGGCUCUGAGUAGGUAGUGUACUGGACCUGCCCACGGUUCCCUUGCACGUCAACUUCCGUGUACCACCUUCACCACAUCAGCUCUGUAAACGUUUGCAAGGAGUGCUUAGGAUUUCAUCCACGAGCUUCUCUUUCUCUCCACAGAAAUUCGUCUGAGAGACUGUACAUUCCAAUCGAUUUGAAGCACCCAAGAAUUCUUAGACCGAAUAAGCAAUUUUCACAUCUCAGCAGUUUCCCCCUCUUAUUUACUGUCCCCACGUAGCCUGCCAGACCUUGCUUAACGUUUCCUGGCUUACUGUGUUCCUUGCCUAGCAGAAAUGUCUGACUGUGUCUUGUGCUUAGGAUUGAAGGAAACAAGCUUCAAAGUUGGGAGCCUGACCUCAGAACUCCAAAGUCGGCUUUGACAGUGGCAUUUAAGAGCACUUACCCGCAGACCUCUCCCCAGGGAGGAGGCAGGAAUACCUCCAGGGGACACCCGCACCCCGUGCUCAGUCCCAGAACCCCGUGCGGAUGGGCGUCUGUCUCUCUGAAGUGGACACCUGGAGAGUAUGGCUUUGGGGUUGCACAGCUCAUCAAAGUUCCAAUAUUGUUCGUUCUCACAAACAAAAUAGCACCGUCUAUUUUUGUGAUGUUUUUGGGGCUGCGCUGUGUACCGCUAUCCCCAAUGCGCAUUCUUCUCCAAGUUUGUUAUGGUACUUGUCUCUGGAACAUUUUUUUUUCCUACCUCAGAGAUAAAUUAGAUCUCCAUUUCCCACUUAACACAAAGUGAUUAUGCCUCUUUUCCCCCAGAAUAAGUGACAUUUGGUCCAAUUCUAAUCUAUUUUCCUAUUUAACUUUCAGCAAUAACUGAGCUUUGACACUAGCUGAGCUAGUGCCUACCACCAGUGAAAGGAAAGUCCGCGUUUCUGCUCUGUGUUGCAGGGGAACAGGAGGGGCUGGUACGUGUUACUAGAAUCCCUCGCUAUUUUUGGACUCACCCGGAACUUCUUCAUGAAGGCUUUUGGGUUGAUAGUUUAAAAGGCUGAUUUUUUCUUCUUGGUUAUGAUUUCUCCCUUACGUGGUCCUCCACUUUGUAGCAUUUUUAUUUAAGCUAAAACAGAGCACAUGUAUAUGUACAUAAGACACAUUAAAUCUAUAAAGACUAUUUAUUCAUUUUAUAUAAACUAAUGUAAUGGAAAAUGAAUUCUUAUGACUUUGUGCUUUUAUAGAUGUUCUAGAAACUUUGUAUGUAGGAUCUACAAAUUGGCUCAUUCCCCUUAAUAUUUUUGCAUUCAUAUUUUUGAGGUCUUGAUAUUUUCAGCCUCUGGCGAAUCUUUUCCAUUGAAUUUAAACCAUUUGUAAAAUCUGUGACGCUGAAACAGAGUGUAUGUCACAAAGUGAUGAGAACAUUCCUAGAAUCCACAGACGCACUGCAACCUAAGGGCUCGACAGCUGAACCAGCGCGGGGCCAGCUGUGCCGCGCUGGCCUGCGGUCUCUAGCAUGCCACAGCCUCACCACUCCGCCUCCACACACCAAAUGUUCAAACACUCUGCACAGCAGCUCAUUCUAGACAUGAGAGCAAUGUAAACAAAGCAAGAUUACUUUUGUGUUUUCUCAAUUAAUGAUUAAAAAAUUUUUUAAUUGGAAGCAGUGGAUUGCUAAAUGAUCCCAAAGUCAUGUAUAACUCUCCUGUGUUUAUUUUGUUCUGGUUUUUCCUUCAUUUCAGCUUUGAGUGGGGGCGGGGCAGGUGACACACAGGAUUUUUUUAUUGUUGGAAUCUUUUCCAAUUACCAGCUGAAGAUUUGCACUGAAAUACAAUUUGUAUGCCUUCUGCAUUUUUAAAGCCUGCUUCCUGAGUUUAAGCAGAGUGAUAGUGUUCAAAGAGCCAGCUCAGCCUGUAACGUGUUUGAAAAGAUAUGUCUGCACUUUGAGGUCCCUUUUGAAUGCCAUUCGCUAGACCUCACAAGCAUUUUGUUGAAUAGCUAUGUUCAAGCGCCUCACAAGUCCACGAUGCUGGAUGGCAUCAGACACUCAAGACUUUGGGAGAAGCCUGUGGGCUUGCAUUGGGGAGGGAACAAAAUCUGUGUAUUUGUUAAUUUAGAAAUAAGGCAUCUCAGAGAUGCCAUUAUUUUCUGUGUUUUAAUUGUUGUGCCUUUGAGUUAAACUGCAUUUUUUGUCUCUUGGUUGAAAUAUGAAAUGUACUGUCCCGAUAUAAAACAGUAAUUAUCUGACCUUUGCACUGUUUGUCUGGUCCUUUUCAAUCUGACUGCAUAGAAAUGUGGAACUUGCUAGAUUAACUGACACCAGGGUGAGAUGUUACUUUCUAAACUCGAGGUAGACGGAAUCGGCAAGCGAGAUGGGCCUCUCUCUGACCAAAACUGUAACCUUCAGGACCAGCAAACUCAGCCCACGGCAGCUAAUCCCCUCACCCACACGGCUGACGGGCAGCUCGGUUUGCCAAUCUGUCCUCUCAUUCACUGAUCCACCAGCUUGACUGUUCAGAACUAUACAGUCCUCUUGGUUUUGAGUUUUUUUAAGCAAAAUGAAAAACCUUUCUAUUAGGGUUGUUGGGGGGAGGGGAUGAGCAAAGAGAUAAACCCCGGCCUUUAAGAUUUUUGACAACUGUAUGUGAACAGAUGUGUGUAUAACUAUAGGCACAUGCAUAUUUUUAUGUGAAAAUUAAUUUUAAAAAACAAAGGAAAUCUCAACUACAUUCUUAUGGAAACCAUUGCAAUGCAAAUGGGAAAUAAGAGUGUGUCGUCCAGUUUCGUUUUAUGCUGUGAGGAGGGAGCUGUGUGUGCUUCCGUUAGCAUCCGGGAAACACACUGCCCGCGCCUUCUGGCUUAGGACGUGGCAGAGCACCCGGCGUUUUGUGUGCUUUCUGUUGCUAAGCAGGGAGGCGAAGCCUUCAAGGUGCUGACAGCGACUGCUGCACCUUCCUCUCGUGACUGGUUCAGGACCUAGAUUCUUCUCCCUGUCCACCCAAGACUAGAAUAAUUUCAGUUUCCAUUCAAAAUUGAAUACUUAAGUCUAAGCAGGUCCUGACCCUGCAGUUGGCCAUGUGAGUGUUUUUUGGUGUGUUUUUAAGGUGGCCAUUUUCCUUUAACCUCUACUUUUUAAAAAAAGGAAGGAACCGUACCUGGUUCCCAGUACCUUCUUCAUCCCUCACGUGGCCGAGAGCAAAUCCCAGGGUGUGGGGAGGAAAAAAGUGUAAACCAGGUAGGAUUCUGAUGUUCAAAAUGACUAGCAAUAUUUGGGGGCUUGCUAAUGGAUUUUUGUGGGGUUUUUUUUCUUCUUGCCUCUCCCCAUCAUUUAAAGAGAAAA